ACCACAUCCAUGUUCCGCCAUGUCUACCAGCCCUCUACCUUCUUGUCCAAGACUCGAAGGAUUCCUUUAGCCCGGCAAUUUCAUAGAGUUACCGCACACUUCUUGAACCACGAAUUGAAAGAAAAUCUGGUUACUGAGAAAGUUCCUGUUAUUGUUGACAACCCAGGAACAAUUUGCAUUCUAGUGUUUCCAAAAAUUGGCAGUGCUCUCCGUGCCGCUGCAGCUGCAAGUCAACUCCACAUCUCUACACCUGCUGCAAGUACUCAAGAAAGAUGCAAACUUAUAUUUUUCCACGACUCGCAAUAUUUGGGCUUGGUAAGUGCUCAGGUUUCAAUCAUUCAUAAUGUCGAUACCAAUGUCCUUAUCAACGCUAGAAUCAUCCAAGAAUCAUCUAGUUACCCCCGCCUAUACAUCCCCCAACAAAUCCCGCGCCAAACGGAGUCCAGUGUAAGCUCUACUACGUUGUUUAGAUGGAAAAAUGCAUGAGAUUACUCUCGAUGCUCACUUUGCUCACCACGCAAGUGCUACUGCACAAAAGUUGGAGCAUGUAUUGGACCAACUGAAGAAUAUGUGAGUCACUGUCUUGGCCGCGUACAUAUCCACGAAUCAGUAAUUCUCGAGAGUAUAUAUGUCCCUUGGGUACCACAUACAUAUAUUCUCCAUCCGUUUAACGGUGGAUCAGGAUCACAAUCCCGUUAGGGUGACCCACAUAUAUAUGGUAAUUCUGGUCGGGCGCGAAGCAUCCAAUGUAUCAAAGACAAACAGAAGAUACUAUCAAACGAGCUCGCAUCAAACCUAGACCCCGCAUAUCCUACCCAGAAGGCGACAUGGCCAAAUAACACUACAAUAGGUGGGAGGCUACAAGGGCUACGAACCAUCCAUAGCUUGCAUUAGCGGCCACCAGUCACCACAUGCGUCUUUAAGCUCGUUCGUUCUCCGCAAGCUGGCAUAACAUAGUGGCUGAUUAGCUUGCCACAUUUAUAGUCAGUUAGCGUAUACUAAUCUGAAUCAAACGAAUGCGCUUACAG